AUGCAAUCGUCUUCACUAGAGAAGUCCCCUUGGGGCAUUCCGGAGAGCCCCCGGGGAUCUGGGCAAAGCACCAAAAGAACUGACUGCGCUGCCACAGUACGGAAGGGAUGCCCCCAGACGUUCGGUGGGGUGCCCUCAGGGGCGCCCCCAGGGCCUAGGGACAGGGGGGGGAUCGUCUCGGCAGCUCGUACAAAUCCGCACUACGGAGAAGAUGUUGACGAUAAGAUCGUCGGGACGGGAUGCUCUGAGGAGUACGCGAAGCUGCAGGACUGUUUGGAUGACACUGACAAGUAUGGGUUCGAAGAGCAAAACAGGACUGGAGAAGGUGCCAAAAGCAACUGCGUCUGUUUCAGCAGUGCUGUCAGCGCAAUUCUGUCGCCGGCGCCGAAACGCUGA